AUGCGAGACAAACUGUACGGAAACAAACUCCUCGACAAACGCUGUGCGGCGCAAGAUGAACAGUUUAACUUGAUAUUUGCGAUAGCCGUUGCAAUCAAAGGCGUUUUACUCGUUUUGACUGGAUCGAUGUAUGACAAACUUGGUACCUUAACUACAAGGUUACUUGGAAGUGUUAUAUUUUUGUCCGGAUCUUUGAUGAUAGCAUUCUCCAAACCAGCAAUUCCGUACGUCCUAUACCCAGCGGUGCUAUGCGUGAUGUACGGAGGUUUCUUUAUCCUUAUGACUAAUAUGCAACUUGGAAAUCUUCUCAAGAGAGGGAGAAAUACUCUGAUAUGUAUAAUGAACGGGGCAUUUGAUUCAAGCGCAUUCGUCUUACUUCUUAUCAAAGUUGCAUAUGAAGCCGGGAUAUCUUUAAAGGCGUCUUUCUUAACUAUCAGUGCCAUCUAUAGUAUCUGUAUUUUAAGUACGUUUCUAUGGUUACCACGACAAUUUAUUCUGGAUCCACUGCCAGAUGACUUUCACUUGACAAUAUGCUCUUCAUGUAAACGUAAUCAUGGAGAUUACGCAAUCGAAGUUAAAUCCGACCUUGAAAUAAGCAACAUUAAUGAGACGCAGACACAAGAUCCAAAUGAAGAAUCGGGUGAAACCGUCGAGUCGACAGAUGAUAACGCACCAAACACACCAGGUGACUCGCCACAACCUUUUAGUGUUGUUAUACAAUCGCCUAUGUAUUGGACAAGUGUUCUCUGGUUUUCGUCAACACACCUACGGCUCAUGUUUUUCUUGGGUAACUUCAACUCGUGGAUAACAAACCUGACUAAAAACAAUGCACAGAACGUUAGUAUGUAUACAACAGUAUUCUCGUUUAUGUUAUUUGCGGCUGUUAUUAUGGGUCCUCUUUCUGGGCCAAUGCUUGACAGACGAACAACGGCCCCAAUCGGAUCCCUAGCCUUUAAAUUAGAGAAAAUUCGUCAUUUCAUCCCAAUGUUUUAUCUUAACACCGGCCUCGGUGUUCUGCUCUCUGCAUGUGCUGCCAUUCCUGUGUUAGAACUGCAAUACUUUACAUUCGUGGUGUUUGUCUUGCAUAGGACCUUCAACUACGGCCCUGCAUCGGCAUUCCUUGCACAAGCAUUUCCAAGUCAACAUUUUGGUAAGCUUUAUGGUAUUAUGUUUACUACGGGUGCUAUUGUAAGUUUACUGCAGUACCCUCUGUUUAUCUGGAUCAAAGGACCACUAAGGAAUGAUUCCAUGUGGGUACACAUAAUUCUCAUUUGUUUAGCUGCCAUGUCCAUUGUUCAUCCUAUCAACGUAUGGUUGUAUUGCCGAACGAAUGCCAGUCGGAUACGUAUGGACAGCAAAUAUAGCAAAGUAAAGGAUAUGCACAGAGAAACUAAUCAUAUACAACAAAAUGUUGGCAAUGCGAAUAAUAUUACAAGUAUGCAAUGAGGAUGUGCCCUCUGAAUUGGAAUCCAAGCUAGCCCCCUGACAAUGACAACAUAAUUGCGAAUUAAUGUAUAAAUAGAGAGGGUUCGCAAACGUUUUUUGGCUCAACGGAUCCGUUGUCGUAACGUAUUUACAAGAGUUUUGCGUAGUCAGUUCAAUUUAUACG